GGGAGCCCCACGCUCCCCCUCGGCGAGGCGGCGGAGUUCGAGCCGGCGGCGGCGGCCGGGGUGCGAUGCCGUGCUAGCCGGCGGACCGCCCCGAGGUAGCGCCGGCGGGGAGCAGCGCGAGUUGCCGGGGCUGUGGCUGACACCAUGGGCACCGGGCGGGGGGGCGAGGCGGCCGGGCUCCCUGCGCGCCUCGGCUGAGCCCGGGGAUGUGCCGGCGCCCGGAGGAAUUAUUUUGGAACUAGCACGGAGCGGUGGGAGGAGGACGAGCGGCACAGCGUUUCACCAGCUGCGAGGAGGUCGUCCGGCGGUGCUGUAUAGGCAAACAAAUAUCACUUGCUGUGUCAUAGCACAUGGAUUUCAGGACCGCCUGUGAAGAGACAAAGACAGGGGUUUGUUUGCUGCAGGAUGGUAACCAGGAGCCUUUCAAAGUGCGACUGCACUUAGCCAAAGAUAUUUUGAUGAUCCAGGAGCAGGAUGUGAUCUGUGUGUCUGGUGAGCCUUUCUAUUCUGGUGAAAGAACAGUAACAAUUAGAAGACAGACUGUAGGAGGAUUUGGAUUAAGUAUAAAGGGUGGAGCAGAACAUAAUAUUCCAGUGGUCAUUUCUAAGAUUUCCAAAGAACAAAGAGCGGAACUUUCAGGUUUGCUCUUUAUAGGAGAUGCAAUUCUACAGAUUAAUGGAAUUAAUGUGAGAAAAUGCAGGCAUGAAGAAGUGGUACAGGUCCUCCGCAACGCAGGGGAGGAAGUGACCCUAACUGUGUCUUUUCUGAAAAGAGCACCUGCUUUUCUCAAACUGCCACUGAAUGAAGAUUGUGCAUGUGCCCCCAGUGACCAAAGCAGUGGCACAUCCUCUCCCCUAUGUGACAGUGGCUUGCAUCUCAACUACCACCCCAACAACACGGAUACAUUAUCAUGUUCCUCAUGGCCAGCAUCCCCAGGACUUAGGUGGGAAAAAAGGUGGUGUGAUCUUCGAUUGAUUCCACUUCUUCAUUCACGAUUUUCCCAGUACCUUCCAGGAUCAGAUUUGUGCAGGCAAAAUGCGUUCCAAGUAAUUGCUGUGGAUGGGGUUUGCAGUGGAAUAAUUCAGUGUCUCUCUGCUGAAGACUGUAUUGACUGGCUACAAGCAAUAGCAAGUAACAUUUCCAACCUCACAAAGCACAAUAUAAAAAAAAUCAACAGGAAUUUUCCCGUAAACCAGCAGAUAGUCUACAUGGGCUGGACGGAAGAACGGGAACAAGACUCCCUUCAGGAUCGAAUGUACACACCAAAGUUUCUAGCACUGAGGGGAUCUUCCCUGUAUAAAUUCAUAGCACCUCCAGUCACAACCUGGGAUUGGACACGAGCUGAGAAAACAUUUUCAGUUUAUGAGAUAAUGUGCAAAAUUCUCAAGGACAGUGAUCUACUGGACCGUCGGAAACAUUGCUUCAGUGUCCAGUCUGAAUCUGGAGAAGAUCUUUACUUCUCUGUGGAACUAGAGUCUGACCUAGCACUAUGGGARAAAGCCUUCCAAACAGCAACUUUUUUAGAAGUUGAACGGAUACAGUGCAAGACAUAUGCCUGUGUUUUGGAGAGUCAUCUUAUGGGACUUACCAUUGACUUCAGCAUGGGCUUUGUCUGUUUUGAUGCUGCCACAAAGGCUGUGCUUUGGAGGUACAAGUUUUCCCAGCUCAAAGGUUCUUCAGAUGAUGGGAAGAGCAAAAUCAAAUUUUUGUUCCAAAACCAAGAUACUAAACAAAUCGAAGCAAAGGAACUGGAGUUUUCUAACCUGUUUGCAGUCCUUCACUGUAUCCACUCAUUCUUUGCAGCCAAGGUGGCUUGUUUGGACCCUUUGUUCGUUGGCAGCCAAGCCACAGCUUCUGCUGYUCCCACAACUUCUGGUACUGGCAAAUUAAAGUAUACUACUUGACAUCCCCCAUGACAGCACUGCCACUUAACAACGGGACAUACAAAUGUAUAAAUAUCCAUAAGAUUUAGACYUUUGGUGAACCAUGUAUGUGGAGACCAGUCCUGGAGGCAAGAUAUCUUGCAGCAUCAGCAGCUAAAUGGUCACGUGGGAUCAUAAUUUCAUCUYGGUUCUGCAAGACAUCAGUAAAUAAUCCCAGUCAAAACCCCCGAAUAGGAUGGAUAUGCUUUUAGUAUUAUCUAUUUGUACUUACAUAGUGCUUUGAGCAACACUGGAAGCAAAGGAAUAAAUGGCGAAAUGAAGCACUCGAGUAUUUAAUAAAAUUUUCAAAUUGCUGUAAUAAUACACAAAUAGAAUUGUCAUUUUCCUGUUUUCAGAUUUUUUUAUGACAAUAUCCUAAACUCUGAGUAUGAACAUAAUGCCCUAUCAUUAUAUUCUAAAUGAAAGCAAGGAGCAAGCGUAUAGUAGGUGGUGACAAGGMGAUAAGCAUGAAAAGGCAUUUGUGUAAGUAUCUCCUCAAAUGAGAAAGCACUUUAAGCACUGCUGUAAAUCCAUACUUGUGUUCAURCAUGGAGCCAUGCUCCUUUUUCCAUUUUGUUCUCUUCAUCUAACAGUAAUAACAGCAAAGAUAUAGCCGUACUGGACUGAUAUAUUAAAARCAAAACAAAACAAACAAGCCACAAAAGAAAAAAGAAAACAUUUUUCAUGGGUAAGUCCCUCUUCGUCAAGUAAAAACAAAGGCAUAUGAAUUUAAUCUAAUUAUAAAUUAAGUGCAAGUACAAAAAGUAUUGUGUCAUCUAUUUACUUCUUCCUUUCUUUUGUCAAGAAUUAAAUGCUAUCAAUCUAACAGUCUUUGUUCACAAGAUUUUGAAAUUGUUUCAGAGAAAACCCACCUAAUACAUUGUUCCCAUGGUUAACCUUGAUUUCACAACAUAAAUAGAACUUCUGUUCCACUCAAACUCUCAACAAAUAGACAUUUUACAUUAUGCUUGAACAAUUAGUUCACUCUUUGAAUGCUUAAUAAGUUAUUUUUAUAUAUAUAUAUUGAUAGUAAAAGACUGGAAUAAAUGGACUAAGCUGUAAAGAAUAGAUUACAGAAUACAUAAUUUCUUUGUUUGUUAAGACCAUUACAUCACUCUGGAUCCAGUACUAGUUCCAAGGUAUCAUUAAAUGAUGAAAUAUGAAGGACUUGUAAAUUUUUUUAAUUGCAGUUUUGCAAUAUAAUUUAAUUUUGUGCUAUGACACACACCAGUGAAGAUGAUGGAAAAAAGAUGUACAUUUUCGAUAGUAGUUUGUGGGGUUUCUGUUUAUUGUAUUGAAAUAAAAACUACCUUUUUCCUUCUGCCCACUUAGACUUGUUAGCGGCACUCAUAAG